GGGAUUUGGGGCCUGAAGAGACUGGAAGGAAGCAGUAUGCAGACAGAGGAGGGCACUGGUUGGUUGCUUGAGCUAUUGGCUGAAGUACAGCUUCAGCAGUACUUCCUUCGCCUCCGAGAUGACCUCAACAUCACCCGCCUGUCCCAUUUUGAGUAUGUCAAGAAUGAAGACCUGGAGAAGAUUGGCAUGGGCCGACCUGGUCAGCGGCGGCUGUGGGAGGCUGUGAAACGGAGAAAAGCAAUGUGUAAGCGAAAGUCUUGGAUGAGCAAGGUGUUCAGUGGUAAGCGCUUAGAUGCAGAUUUUUCCACUCCCCAGUCACAGAAUACCUUCAGAAAGACAUCACCUAUCCCAGGGGCUUCAGUGGGGGAGGGAUCCCUGCAGAGUCUCACUUGUCUUAUUGGGGAAAAAGACCUGAGCUUGUUUGAGAAGCUGGGAGAUGGCUCCUUUGGAGUUGUACGCAGAGGAGAGUGGGACGCUCCCUCAGGGAAGAAGGUGAGCGUGGCUGUCAAAUGCCUGAAGCCUGACGUCCUGAGCCAGCCCGAGGCCAUGGAUGAUUUCAUCCGGGAGGUCAAUGCCAUGCACUCCUUGGACCAUCGGAACCUAAUCCGACUGUAUGGGGUAGUCCUUACCCCACCUAUGAAAAUGGUUACUGAGCUGGCCCCGCUGGGGUCUCUGCUGGACCGGCUGCGCAAACACCAGGGUCACUUCCUCCUGGGCACUCUGAGCCGCUACGCCGUGCAAGUGGCCGAAGGGAUGGGCUAUUUAGAGGCCAAACGCUUCAUCCACCGAGACCUGGCGGCCCGGAACCUGCUGCUGGCCACUCGAGACCUGGUCAAAAUCGGGGACUUUGGACUGAUGAGGGCUCUGCCCCAGAAUGACGACCACUAUGUCAUGCAAGAGCAUCGAAAGGUUCCCUUUGCCUGGUGUGCCCCCGAGAGCCUGAAGACCCGGACUUUCUCCCAUGCCAGUGACACCUGGAUGUUUGGAGUGACCCUAUGGGAGAUGUUUACCUAUGGCCAGGAGCCCUGGAUUGGCCUCAAUGGAAGCCAGAUCUUGCACAAAAUUGACAAAGAGGGAGAGAGGCUGCCUCGACCCGAAGACUGUCCCCGAGAUAUCUACAACGUCAUGGUGCAGUGCUGGGCCCACAAACCUGAGGACAGACCCACCUUCGUAGCCUUGCGAGACUUCCUGCUGGAGGCUCAGCCUACAGACAUGAGGGCCCUGCAGGACUUUGAGGAGCCGGACAAACUGCACAUACAGAUGAACGACGUCAUCACGGUCAUCGAGGGAAGGGCGGAGAACUACUGGUGGCGUGGGCAGAAUACAAGGACGCUGUGUGUGGGGCCCUUCCCUCGAAACGCGGUGACCUCCGUGGCUGGGCUGUCAGCCCAUGACAUCAGCCAGCCGCUCCAGAACAGCUUCAUCCACACGGGCCAUGGCGACAGUGACCCCCGACAUUGCUGGGGGUUCCCAGACAAGAUUGAUGAACUCUACCUGGGAAACCCUAUGGAUCCUCCUGACCUGCUAGCCGUGGAGCUGAGCACCUCCCGCCCCCCCCAGCUUCUAGGAAGGGUAAAAAGGGAGCCUCCGCCUCGCCCGCCUCAGCCCGCCAUCUUCGCUCAGAGUAAGUGGGGCCGCUCUGCUCCUCGAUGCCCUGGGCCCUGCCCCUGUCCCCUCUGUUCUCUCAUAACUCCUCUUCUCCUCCAAGAGCCCACCUAUGACCCUGUCAGCGAUGAUCAGGACCCCUUGUCUGCUGACUUCAAGCGUCUCUGCCUGAGGAAGCCGGGCCUGCCCCGGGGCCUGUGGCUGGUGAAGCCCUCGGCCCGAGUGCCGGGCUCCAAGACGAGCCGGGGCGGGGGGGAAGUGUCCCUCAUUGACUUUGGUGACGAGCUCUCGGCCCCUUCCCUGGCCCCCCCUUCUCACAAGCCCGGUGCCCCCUCCCUCGCCCAGCUGGCCAUGGAUGCCUGCUCUCUGCUGGACAAGACGCCCCCGCAGAGCCCCACCCGGGCGCUUCCGAGGCCCCUGCACCCCACCCCCGUGGUGGAUUGGGACACCCGCCCGCUGCCUCCGCCGCCGGCCUACGACGACGUGGCUCAGGAUGAAGACGACUUUGAGGUCUGCUCUAUCAACAGUGCCCUGGUGGGUGCCCGGACCCCUGAGGGGCCUCCCCGCGGGGAGACCAACUAUGCCUUCGUGCCUGAGGCUGGACGGCCCCCUCCACCUCUGGAAGAUAACUUGUUCCUCCCACCCCAAGGGAGCACCAAGCCCCCCAACUCCCUCCAGACUGCAGAAAUUUUCCAGGCUUUGCAGCAGGAGUGCAUGAGGCAGCUGCAGGUUCCCUCAACUUCUCUGGCCUCCUCUCCCAGCCCUGGCCUGGGUGGAGAAGACAGGCCCCAGGUGCCCCCCAGGGUGCCCAUCCCACCUCGGCCCACCCGGCAACGAAGCGAGCUGGGCGGCCGUUCGGGGGAGCUGUCGCCAGCUUCGGGGGGUGAAGAGGAGGCGGCACGGUGGCGGGGGGCGGCCCCUCCCCCGCAAAUCCCCCCGAGGGAGCCCUUCUCUCCUCAGGGCUCCCGCACCCCCAGCCCCCUGGCACUGUCUGGCGGCUCUCCCUUACCCCCUCGCCUGUCCAGCUCCCCUGGGAAAGCCAUGCCCACCACCCAGAGCUUUGGCUCUGACCCCAAGUACGCCACUCCCCAAGUGAUCCAGGCCCCCGGGCCCCGGACAGGGCCUUGCAUCUUGCCCAUCGUCCGAGACGGCAAGAAGAUAAGCAACACGCAUUACUAUCUGCUUCCGGAGCGGCCGCCGUACCUGGAAAGAUACCAGCGGUUCUUGCAGGAAGCCCAGAGCCCCGAGGAGGAGCCUCCGUCCAUCCCUGUCCCUCUGCUGCUGCCGCCCCCCAGUACCCCGGCUCCCGCAGCCCCCACCGCCACUGUGCGCCCCAUGCCCCAGGCUGCCCUUGACCCUAAGGCCAACUUCUCAGCCAACAAUAGCAACACAGGUGCCCGUGCCCCAUCCUUGCGGGCUCCCGCCCGUCUGGUGAGGGGCUGCCCGGGGGACGGGCUGGAGGCUGGGCGCCCCACAGACAAGAUACAGAUGGUCCAGGCCAUGGUGCAUGGGGUGACCACAGAGGAGUGCCAGGCGGCCUUGCAGAACCACAGCUGGAGCGUUCCGAGGGCUGUCCAGUAUCUGAAGGUGGAGCAGCUCUUUGGCCUGGGUCUGCGGCCAAGGCAGGAGUGCCAUAAGGUGCUGGAGAUGUUUGAUUGGAACCUGGAGCAGGCUGGCUGCCACCUGCUAGAUUCGUGUGGUCCCACCCACCAUAAGCGCUGAUGGCAGGUCUGGGGAGCCGGAGAGUCUGACUUAAGGGGGGGUCCUGUUAGUCUGCCUGAAGGAUCAUUUGAGCCUGUCCUGCAUGGCGGGGGCCAGGGAGGGGUAGUUUCCCCCUGCCCCUGGGGGCCUGGGGAAACCUGCUGCUGCUACCUUCUCCCCCGCCAACCCGCUUCAGAUAGGCAGAGGGGAGCCAGGAGCAGCAGGAGGGGACUGCCCUUCCCCAGCCCCUCCAUCCGUCUGCUGCUCCCACGGCUGCUCCAGAGGGACACCGGAGAGGGAGCACCGGGAAGGGGGUGAGGAGGCAUCCAGAGUUGGGUGGAGGGCGGACUGGAGAGGCCCAGGCCCAAGUGCCCCCUCUCCUAGCCCUUAAUUCUCCAUCCGCUGGGUGCCUCACUUUGCUUUAGGGACCAGAAUGUAGGGAAAACCCACAGUUGUCUGCUUGUGUCUGGGGCACUUCCUACUCCUACGAGAAGUGAAGGAAGGGGUCGGUGGGGCCGCGAGACUCCCGGUGCUUUGCUCACCCCAGCGGAUGCUGCCAGCUUCGCCGCCGUGACCGGCACGGGGGAGGGAGCUCUCGGGACCCAGACCCAGCCAAGCUCCUGCCUGGGAUGGGGGGUGUCACCCAAGGUCGAGAAUUUCAGGAUGUUGGAAGCAGGGAGGAUGCCAGCCCAUGCCAGGGUGGGGACAGAAGCCCUGGGUAUGUGGAAGGGAACAGGUACCGGCAGCUACUGUGGAGGCCAGCGCUCCCAGCCCAGCCCACUGCUGUUCUGUGUUUUUUCCCCAACAACCUCUGUUGCCAAAGUUGCUGCUCUUGUCCUGCCUCCACACAUCUGCUUCUUCCAGAAAAAUAAAGUUAGUUUCUAUUUUACGUUA